AUGCCAAAGUUUCAAUUUCUGGCCUCCAAAAGUGCUUCCACCGAUGACAUUAUUCUGCUAUCCACUAGGAACCCUAAAUUCUUGCAAUUGAGCCUCAAGAACAACAUAAUCCCUACUUAUGGAAUGCUGAGAACCUACUUUCAAUCCGAUGAGAAAAUGAUCCAUUGCAUUGCUUCUUUUCCUAUUUCGUUUAUGGAGGCUCGUUUGGUAAAAAGUGUCAAGAUGUUGGCUGAUGCAGGAGUCUCUGACUCUACUAUCGGCUAUUUGUUGCGUACCAGGAUUUCAGUGCUUUUGUCUGCUAGCUUUAGGAAGCAGGUGGAUGAAAUAAAGGAAUUAGGAAUUGAUCCUUCAACUGUUAAGUUCGCCAUAGCUUUGCGUGCCAAAAAAACUGUACCGAAAUCACUGUGGGAUGCGAAAGUCGAUGUCUUGAAGAGCUGGGGUUGGUCUAAAGAAACAAUGUCCCAAGCAUACAGGAGAAACCCUUUAUGUAUGCUAUCAUCUAAGGAUAAGAUUAAUGAGGUGACGAAAUUUUGGGUCAAUCAAUUAGGUUGGGACCCUUUGGCUCUUGCCAAGUUUCCAUGGCUUUUUGGAUAUAGUUUGAAGAGAAAGCUUAUUCCAAGGGCUUUUGUUCUGCAGUAUUUACUUUCAAGAGGUCUGAGAAACAAGAAUGAUGAAUUAAGUAACCCAUUUUUUAUUUUUGAAGAGUUGUUCGUUAAAAGGUUUGUGGAAUGUUUUCUCGAGGAAAGGUUUCAACUACUUAAGAUAUACCAUGAGAAAAAAGGAUGUUCAUGA